GGAUCCAAAGAGAGGAUUAUGGCAGCCAUGAUGAAUUUAGCGGAGCAAUGGAAUAAUCUUGAUAGUCAUACACUUGCAGCAAGGCUUACAGCUAAGGAUAUGACACCAGGUGGCACCACUGAUGCAUUAUCCAAGUUUGGGUCAAGCAAACAACGGGCGCUCCAGACAGGCUUUCAGCUUAUUGCACAUGCAAUGAAAAUUGACAAUUAUAGUUUAGGGUCAGCGCUCAUGAAGAAGGAUGUUGGACCAGAAUCCUCUAACUCUUCACUGAGAAAUCUUAGAGGUAGCAAGCAGAGGCUGCUCAGCCACAUUAUGGAUGC